AUGUCUGCCCUUUUAACAACACUCGGUCUCCGCGCCGCCCCUGGCCAGGUACCCGCGAACCACGCAUCGGCCUUGCUGAUGGUGAACUGGUUCUUCGCAUACAUUUUGACAAGCCCCCGAGGUGCAAAGGUCCGUCUAGGUCUUGAUCACAAUGUCAACCCGCGGGAGGACUUGACUACGUACGGCGAGGCGGCCGUGCAAUCGGGAAAGAUUACCCGUCGCGCCCUUGACCAGCUUAAGCGACAGACGUCGGCGCAUGCCAAUGUGCAGGAAGGGUUUACUUUGUUUGUUGCAGCGAUCCUCGUCUCCUUGUACGCCGGUCUGCCCAAUGAGACUAUCAACACCAUUGGUGUUUGGUAUUCGGUUUCCCGUGUUGCCUACCACCUGUUCUAUUUGAAAAUCGAAACCCACUCUUUGAGCUUUCUGCGCUCGGCGGCUUGGUGGUCGGGGGAACAUUAG